AUGACAGAAAAAUUAACUUUUUACAUAGCGCCAGACCCUUCUUGCCCACAUCCUUUUAAGCCACAAUAUAUAGACAUAGAACUAAAUAGAGAAAGCGAAAUUCCACAAUAUAUAUACAUAGAACUAAAUAGUGAAGGCGAAAUUCUACAAACAGAAGAAAGCGAAAUUCCACAAACAUAUAGAGACCUAGAUAACGAAAAUGGAUAUGCGCUAUUCUGGUUAGAUUGUCCUUAUAAAAUGUAUGAAAAAAAGGCUUUAUAUGAAGAAUAUAGAAAAUAUUGUCAUGAAAACGAUAUAAGACCAAGCUCUAGAGAAAAAUUCUAUGCUGGUAUAAAACAUCUUUUCGAAGUUCGGAAUGGCAAAUAUAUAAAGAAAUAA